AUGUCUAUGGCACCAGAACACGAUUUUUUCUUUAAAAUUCUUUUAAUUGGUGAUAGUGGUGUUGGUAAAUCAUGUUUAUUACUUAGAUUUGCUGAUGAUUCGUGGACCGACACACAUAUUUCAACAAUUGGUGUAGAUUUCAAAAUUAAAACAUUAAAUCUUGAUGGUAAAACCAUAAAAUUACAAAUCUGGGAUACCGCAGGACAAGAAAGAUUUAGAACUAUUACAUCAUCAUACUAUCGUGGUGCUCAAGGUAUUAUUCUUGUUUAUGAUUGCACUGAUCAAGAUUCAUUUACAAAUGUUAAACAAUGGAUGGGUGAAAUCGAUAGAUAUGCUUGCGAAAAUGUUAAUAAACUUUUAGUUGGUAACAAAACUGAUUUAGUAAACGAAAAAGUUGUCGAUUCAAAUCAAGCUAAAUCAUUUGCAGAAAGUUAUGGUAUUCCAUUCAUUGAAACUAGUGCUAAGAAUGCAACAAAUGUUGAAGAAUGUUUUAUUUCAAUGGCAAGAGAUAUUAAAAAUAGACUUGCAGAUAUUCAAGAAACACCAAAACCAGACGAAGUUGAUAUCAAAUCAAAAAAUAAAACAAAGAGUGGAGGUAAAAAAUCCUUUUGUUAA